CUGCUGCCGGUCCCUGCUAGCACUCCUGCUGAAACCCAUCUCCUGACUACUCUACGCUGAGCGACUGCCGAAAGAUGGGACGCCCUCUGGAGACCUCUAGCAGCGAAAGCUUGACUGUGCGAGACAAUCGUACCGGCAAGACUUACAAUAUACCCAUUGUGGACAACUCUGUGUCGGCGACGGCGUUCAAGGCGAUCUCUGCCCCGGCGAAGCCGAAUGAGCGCGAGGAGAGCGGGACGGAGAAGGGUCUGCGGGUUGCGGAUAAGGGGUUCUUGAAUACUGCUGUUAUUCAGAGCGAAAUAACUUAUAUUGAUGGAGAGGCUGGUGUACUUCGCUACAGAGGAUAUCCUAUUGAACAACUCGCUCUACACUCUUCGUUCUUGGAAACCGCGUACCUACUAAUCUACGGCUCGCUGCCCACGAAAGACCAGUUCCGUGUCUUCGAGACGGAGGUUCUGCACCACAGCAUCAUUCAUGCAGACGCGGAGGAGUUUUUCCGCUCCUUCCGCUACGAUGCGCACCCUAUGGCGAUCCUUACGAGCGCGUUCGCCUACCUGGGGUCGUACUACAGUGAAGCCAAUCCGUCGCUCCAAGGCAGGCAGUGGCAAACGCUCUUCACAAAGGGCGACAAGGCGUCCCUUGCAAAUAUGGACAAGCAGAUAUUCAGGCUCAUCGGGAAAGCUACUACUCUUGCUGCUAUGGCCUACCGUAUACGCCAGGGUCGAGACUUCGUGAUUCCCCCGACAGGACUGAGCUACACCGGAUCCUUUCUCUAUCAAAUGGACCACCUCGGCGAAGAAAACUAUGUGCCGAACCCCGUGCUGUGCAAAGCGCUCGACGUGCUCUUCCUCCUGCAUGCAGACCACGAGCUGAACGCGAGCUGCACCACCGUGCUGCAGACCGGCAGCUCGCUCGUGGACCCGUAUUCGGCCAUUGCGGCGGGGUGUGCAUCGCUAUACGGGCCGUUACAUGGUGGUGCGAACGAAGCUGUCAUUCGCAUGCUCAUAUCGAUCGGGAGCCCUGCAAACGUGCCUGCGUUCAUUGAGGCUGUCAAGAGGCGCGAGAAGGUGCUGUCUGGGUUCGGUCACCGUGUCUACAAGACGACAGACCCGCGGUCAUAUAUCAUCCGCAAAACCGCAGACGAGGUCUUCAAGGUGACCGGGCGCGACGAGCUCCUGGAGACCGCUAUGGCGUUGCAUGACGCAGCGAUGAAGGACGAGUACUUCACGAAACGGCGACUGUACCCUAAUGUGGAUUUCUGGAGCGGUCUCAUAUACCGCGCAAUGGGAUUCCCUAUGGAUUUCUUCCCAGUGCUGUUUGCAGUGCCGCGAGUGGUGGGAUGGCUAGCGCACUGGAGGCAGAUGAUGUUGCAGGAAGGGGGCGUCAAGAUCUGGCGGCCCAGGCAGAUCUAUGUCGGCGCAGGCAAGCGUGACUACGUCCCCAUGGCUGAGCGGGAGAGCAGCUUGGUCAACAGCGAUCCCAAGAAGACACCAAGCACGGUGCCGCACUCCGGGAUGACCAAGCGCACGAUGCUCGCGAGCUACAGAGGGAAGAGCAAGCUGUAGUUAGCGUUGUGGCCGCUGUAGACGUCUGUGAAUAUUAUUACUCUGUGCUGCCACUGUGCUCUGGA